AUGGGCUCCAUUCCCGAAGCGCUGACCACCUUCAACUCCACAACGAAGCCAUUCAGAGUCCUGGUGGCUGGCGGCGCAUACGGCGGUCUCUCGGCCGCUCUCAACCUACAAGAUCUUUGCCGUGGCCUUCCUCCGCGGUGUGGGCCGAGUCCUGACGAGGCCGAUCAGGUCGAGCGGCCAAAGUUUGCCGUCGAUAUCACCAUUGUGGACGAGAGGGAUGGUUACUACCACCUGAUAGGCUCGCCCCUGGCGCUGGCGUCUGAUGCAUACACCGAGAAGGCCUGGGUCAAGUACGACGACAUUCCCGCGCUGCGGUCGCCCAACAUCCGCGUCCUUCAGGGGUCUGUGAAGGCGGUUGACCCUCGGCAAAAGAUAGCCACCUUUGCUGCGCACGGCAGCGGAGAGACCUUGGAACUGCAAUACGACUAUUUUGUUGCUGCGACCGGGUUGAGGCGGGCCUGGCCGGUGGUCCCUCAAUCAUUGCGGAGGAAGCAAUUUCUGUUCGAAGCCGGCGACCACAUUAGCGCCGCCACGGCCGCAAAGCAUGGCGUUGUAAUUGUCGGCGGUGGUGCCGUCGGCAUUGAGAUGGCAGCCGAGCUCAAGCUCGUCCACCCUCAUCUCAAAGUAACCCUGGUCCAUUCCCGGGACAAGCUGCUCUCCUCGGAGCCUCUUCCCGAAGAGGUCAAGGACCGCGCUCUGCAGCUUGUCCGCGAAGCCAGCGUCGACGUGCUCAUGUCCCACCGGCUAGAUCGGACCGAGGAGACGCAGGACGAGCACGGGAACAAGUGCCUCCGUCUGCACUUCACCAAUGGCCACAUCAUGCUCGCAGACCAGGUAUCAAUGGCCGUAUCCAGGCCGGUCCCUUCAACGGCCUACCUCCCGAGCAGCGUGCUCGACAAAGAGGGCUACGUCAGAAUCCAGGCUAGCCUCGCCUUCCCCACCGACUCACCCAACUCGUCGUCGCACUUCGCCAUCGGCGACCUGGUCCGCUGGUCGGGCAUCAAGCGCUGCGGCGCCGCCAUGCACAUGGGCUACUACGCCGCGACGAACGUGCACCAGCAGAUGCAGCUCGCCACGGGCCGCAUCGCGGCGCCCAACUACCUCGAGCUGGCCGAGAUCCCGCCCAUGAUCGGGCUGGCCGUCGGCAGGCAAGCCGUGUCAUACUGGCCUGAGGCCGGGGUGGAUUCCGGGGAGGAGGUGAUGAAGGUGUUUUUUGGGGAGGAUUUGGGGUUUGCGAUCUGCUGGAAUCAUCUCGGAUUGGGGGUUGACGGGGGAAAAGAGUGA